CUUCAGCAGGUUUUCUUCUCCCUGGCUAUUUUUCUUUAAGAUAGAAAUAAAAUCUGCCCGGGAAAGAAACCAGGCAUCCUCCUACAUUAAAGUUUCUCCUGGGGCCCCUCUCCCUUGAGUCCGGCCUCCUGUCUCAGCAAGGAAACCAAUGGGCGGCCUCCUGGCUGCUGAGGCCAGAGGGCUGCAGAGGCGGCUUAGAAAGACGGGAUCUCUGGGGUGUCCUGGGGUUUGCCAAGACAGCUGGCUUCUGCGGAAGGAGCCCGGCCGGCUGGCCGUCUAAUCUUCCUGGGAGCGGCUUAGGGGAUUGUCUUUUUCUGGCACCUGCUUGCUGCCCCACCCCAAGAGCAUCCCCCAUAACCCCGGGCUGGGAUUUAUCCUGAGCUGUGUCAGCUGGGCUCCCGGGGACUCCUGGUGUGGCCCCCAGUCAUCCCUGUACCGGGACACCUCCUGUCCCUGCAGCCGGGACCGGGCACAGGCCCAAGGGCAGCGGGUCAGGCCCGCACUGGGCAUCGGCGCCAAGGCCUCGCUCAUGGCCCCCGGCGCCUGAGUGGCAGGAGGUGGGCGCCGCCAGGAUGGAUUUCGGGUCCUUGGAGACGGUGGUGGCCAACUCUGCCUUCAUCACCGCCCGGGGCAGCUUCGAUGGGAGCAGCGGCCCGCCCUCCCGGGACAAGAAGUACCGGGCCAAGCUCAAGCUGCCCCCGCUCUCCAAGUGCCAGGCCCUCGGGGCCAGCCUGGACCUGCGGUUCCAGAGCGUGUGCUCGGAGCAGCCCAUCGGCAAGCGGCUCUUCCAGCAGUUCCUGAAGGCCGACGGGAGGCACGUGCCGGCCCUGGAGCUCUGGAAGGACAUCGAGGAUUACGACACGAUCGACGGUGACCUGCGGCCGCAGAAGGCCCGGGCCAUCCUGGCGGAGUACCUGGACCCCCAGGCCAAGCUCUUCUGCGGCUUCCUGGACGAGGGGACGGCAGCCAAGGCCCGGGAGGGGCCGGUGGCGAGCGGGGAUGGGCUCUUCCAGCCCCUGCUGCAGGCCACGCUGGCCCACCUGAGCCAGGCCCCGUUCCAGGAGUUCCUGGGCAGCCUGCACUUCCAGCGGUUCCUGCAGUGGAAGUGGCUGGAGGCGCAGCCCACGGGCGAGGACUGGUUCCUGGACUUCCGGGUGCUGGGGAAAGGGGGCUUCGGGGAGGUGUCGGCCUGCCAGAUGAAGGCGACGGGCAAGAUGUACGCGUGCAAGAGGCUGAACAAGAAGAGGCUGAAGAAGAGGAAGGGGUACCAGGGUGCUAUGGUAGAGAAGAAGAUUCUGUCGAAAGUACACAGCAGGUUCAUAGUCUCUCUGGCCUAUGCGUUUGAAACCAAAACUGACCUCUGCCUGGUGAUGACCAUCAUGAAUGGAGGCGACUUAAGGUACCACAUCUACAAUGUGGACGAGGAGAACCCUGGCUUCCAGCAGCCACGUGCCGUCUUCUACGCGGCCCAGAUCCUCAGCGGCCUGGAGCACCUGCACCAGCGAGGCAUCGUCUACCGAGACCUCAAACCUGAGAACGUGCUGCUGGAUGACGAAGGGAAUAUCCGAAUCUCCGACCUUGGGCUGGCCGUAGAGCUGAAGGAAGGGCAGACCAAGACCAAGGGCUAUGCAGGGACCCCAGGUUUCAUGGCCCCAGAACUUCUGCGGGGUGAGGAGUACGACUUUUCUGUGGAUUACUUUGCCCUGGGGGUGACGCUGUAUGAGAUGAUUGCGGCCAGAGGACCCUUCCGAGCCCGGGGAGAGAAGGUGGAGAACAAGGAGCUCAAGCAGAGGAUCCUCUCAGAGGCGGUCAAGUACACUGACAAGUUCAGCCAGACCAGCAAGGACUUCUGUGAGGCACUGCUGGAGAAGGACCCGGAGAAGCGCCUGGGGUUUAGAGAUGGGACUUGUGAUGGGCUCCGAGUUAACCCCCUCUUUAAAGACAUUAAUUGGAGACAGCUCGAGGCUGGGAUGCUGAUGCCCCCCUUCAUCCCAGACUCCAGAACUGUCUAUGCCAAGAACAUCCAGGACGUAGGGGCCUUUUCCACAGUCAAAGGUGUGUUCUUUGACAAAGCAGAUACAGAGUUCUUCCAGGAAUUUGCCACCGGCAACUGCUCCAUCCCCUGGCAGGAGGAGAUGAUUGAGACGGGCAUCUUUGGGGAGCUGAAUGUGUGGCGUGCUGACGGGCAGAUGCCCAAUGACAUGAAGGGGAUCACCGUGGAGGAAGCUGCUCCCUCCUCCAAGUCAGGAAUGUGCCUGGUUUCCUAGACCUGGAGGAAAAGGGAACUCUCUCCACAGCUGGCAGGGCUGAAUAGACCUUUGUCAGUCAGUGGAGCCCUCGUGUGGUGACAGGCAGCUCCUGCCUGUGUGGCCGAGCUGCUCACAGCAGGGGCAGGAGAAGGAGGCACAGAGCCACUAGACUCCAGGCCCAGGGUCAGGAGCUCUAGCUUGUAAAUAGCCCACUUCUUUUGCCCCAUUCCACUAAAAAAAGAUACAACCAUGGCUCCUGGACAGAGUGCAGC